CCUCCCCCUCCCUGCACCUCGCCAGGCCGGGAGCUGCAGGAGGACGGGGCGCAGUUUCCCGAGUGCCCGGCCUCGCUCUCGCGGCUGCAGAAGCUGCGCCCUGGGGGCGGGGUGGGAAGGCAGAAGGGCCAGAGGCGAAGGGGCAGUGGGAGCCCCGGCCCCGCGGCGCGGCUUCAAGUUUCCACCAGCGACCGGUUGUGCAACAGCCAGAAGUGCAGGAGCCGAGGGCGCCUCGGAAAACAAGCCGAGCCUAUAAACAAAGCCACGUGGCCUCUGGGCUGGGGGGGGCCGGGCUAAGAGCAGGCGCCUCUUCCGGCAACAAAGAGCCGCGGCCAGCGGCCCGGGAUAAAUACGGCGGCCGGGACAGCAGCGCAGCACUCCAGGGAGCCCCGCGCGCCCGGCGACCCUCCACAGCGCCCCCCGCGAGCGCAGGUACCCCGCUCCGCACCCCCGAUCCCGCAGCCCUCCACUCGGGCUCCCUGCAGCCGCUCCCUCACCGGCCCCGGCACCCCGAGCAUCCGCCCAGGGCGGCGCGUCCCCAAGGCCGCCGGGCCAGUCCCGUCCAUCAGUCCGUCGCGUCCAUCCGUCGCGUCCGUUGGCAGUGCCAUGCCAUUCCUCGGGCAGGACUGGCGGUCCCCCGGGCAGAGCUGGGUGAAGACGGCCGAUGGCUGGAAGCGCUUCCUGGAUGAGAAGAGCGGCAGCUUCGUGAGCGACCUCAGCAGUUACUGCAGCAAGGAAGUAUACAAUAAGGAGAAUCUUUUCAACAGCCUGAACUAUGAUGUUGCAGCCAAGAAGAGAAAGAAGGACAUGCUGAAUAGCAAAACCAAAACUCAAUAUUUCCACCAAGAAAAAUGGAUCUAUGUUCACAAAGGAAGUACUAAAGAGCGCCAUGGAUAUUGCACUUUGGGGGAAGCCUUCAACAGGUUGGACUUCUCGACUGCCAUUCUGGAUUCCAGAAGAUUUAACUACGUCGUACGGCUGUUGGAACUGAUAGCAAAGUCACAGCUCACAUCCCUGAGUGGCAUUGCCCAAAAGAACUUCAUGAACAUUUUGGAAAAAGUGGUACUGAAAGUCCUGGAAGACCAACAAAACAUUAGACUAAUAAGGGAACUACUCCAGACCCUCUACACGUCCUUAUGUACACUGGUCCAAAGAGUCGGCAAGUCUGUGCUGGUCGGGAACAUUAACAUGUGGGUGUAUCGAAUGGAGACAAUUCUACACUGGCAACAGCAGCUGAACAACAUCCAAAUCACCAGGCCUGCCUUCAAAGGCCUCACCUUCACUGACCUGCCUUUGUGCUUACAACUGAACAUUAUGCAAAGGCUGAGCGACGGGCGAGACCUGGUCAGCCUGGGCCAGGCAGCCCCUGACCUGCACGUGCUCAGCGAGGACCGGCUCUUAUGGAAGAAGCUCUGCCAGUACCACUUCUCCGAGCGGCAGAUCCGCAAGCGAUUAAUUUUGUCAGAUAAAGGACAGCUGGAUUGGAAGAAGAUGUAUUUUAAACUUGUGCGCUGUUACCCACGGAAAGAGCAGUAUGGAGACACCCUUCAGCUUUGCAGACACUGCCAUAUUCUUUCCUGGAAGGGCACCGAUCACCCGUGCACAGCCAAUAACCCAGAGAGCUGCUCCGUUUCACUUUCACCCCAGGACUUUAUCAACUUGUUCAAGUUCUGAAUCCCAGCACAUGACAACACUUCAGAAGGGUCCCCCUGCUGACUGGAUGGUUGGAAAUACAGAGUUUGGACGCUUCAUUUGUAAAUAGUGUACAUUUUAGACAUUGGCUCAAAACUUCUGCGAUAAGCCAUUGAGAGGACGUUGGAGGGGAGAGACGCAGUUGCUGGCUGGGAAUUUAAGCAUAUGGACUUCUCAUUAGAAUUGGUAUGGAAAAGCAGAAAUACUGUAAAUAAACUAUUUUUCCUAAUGAUUUGCCAGCAAGACUAUGAGGCAGGAAUUCUAUUUCAUCGGUGAAAAUGGAAUUCUCUUGACGUUCACUGAGACUCCUUUAUAGUUCCCUAGAGAUGUGGGAGAAAGGGGCAAAACUCAAAUACAAGAUAGAAUGCUCUCUGUUUACAAUGUGAAAAUGUGUUGGAAAAAAAAAAAAAGAAGAAAAACUACAUAUGAGAAAUCCCUGGGCUUUGGGUUUUGAUCUGGAGUUUGUUUUGAAAAGGCAAAGGAAGCACCACUCAUCUUAAACCCGCAUGGGUAUAGGGCCUUAUCUUCUGAAGAUACCACACAAUAGUCUACCUCGGAAAGCUACAAUACUCGCUCGGACAAAGCGCGUGGUCCAGUAGGCAGUCUCUGUUUUUCUUGUUUCUUCAUCAUAUAAAAAGUGAUUUAAAACAGGAAGAGAUAUUGGAGGCAAUCCUCAUCAUGCUUCAGGCUUCCUUUUUAGACGAAUGGGACACUCUUUGGGGUUGCCUCUUUUCUAGAACAACCCCAAAGCAUCUAUGCCUUUUUUCCUUCCAUGUUGUAGCUCAUUCGGGACAACAUCAUAAGGCCAAUUAAAAACAGUUCAAGAGGAAAUCCUGCCACAGAAAAGAUGGAAUUAGUCACCCAAUAGCUGUGAAGACUUUCUUAUUCCUGUUUAACUUCUUGGCUUGUCUGGGCUUCCUGGUGUAUCUUCACGGAUAAGCCUCUCCCUGGGGACUGUUUGGAGCCAGAGUACUGAUAAAGGCUUGUAAACCAGGUUUUUACAUAUCAGCUGCUGUUCCUCUUGGUGGGUGAUAGUUGAGGAGUUUUCUUUACAUGCAACACCAAAAUUUAGUCAACCUGAGGUAGGGCUUCUUGUAAGGAUGAUAAAGUAAAGCCUGGCGUUCCAGCCAGAUAGGGAGCAGAGGUACCAUGAGUUCAUCCUUAACUUGCUCCAAACCCCAGGGGAACUUGCUAGGCCAAUACCAGCAGGUAACUAUGUGGGAGAAGGAAAUCUCAGGACUUACGGAGUCAAUAUUCCUGGGAGGGAAUGGGGGAUGUUUUUGUUUUUUACUUUUUAUAGAACUUUGCUUUUCUACAACAAUGUACAUAUUUCUGCGAUUGUAUUUGCUUUCCUUUUUUUUUUCUUUUUUAGUAAGUAAAGUGGCCACCCAGCAUGACCUUGGCACAUAAGUGAAGCAGAAAUAGGAACUUGGUUCACAUUUACGUUGAGGAGCAGUGUAUUCUUAGGGGUUGAAUCUGGGGUGACCUGAAAUGGGGAGAGAUGGUUAAGAAUGUACAGAGACAAGCCAAGGGACCAACUAGUGAUGUAGGACCCCUUCACGCCCUUCCCUCAAAGCACAACCCAAGUACCAGCAUCCAGAAGGGAACUCGACCACUAGUUGAUGUUCCUCACUUUGCAAGGUCUGUGCCUACACCAGGAUUUCUUAAUAUCUUUUUUCAUCACCACCCCCCUGAACAAGAAAAAAGUAAGUUGUUUAUUUCAACUCUGAGCAAAAGUAAAUACUGAAGAAUAAGAUCUUGUUGGGUAAGGUUGAGCUUUGGAGGGCCACAAACUACUGUAACACCUCUUCUCCCCCCGAGUCAAGGUCACACUGAGAAUGCAGGGUCCAGACCAUGGAAUAAAAAGCUCUGUCUUCCAUAAUUCAGGCAGGUUCUCGCAAAGGUCUCAGCUUCCUUAAAGAUGUGAGUGGAGCUGGGGCUGUCGUUGCUGUGAGGGCUCUGGAACCGUUGACUCUGGCAUUUUUUGGCGUUCAUGGCCUUCCACAUCUUCCCCCCAACUCAUGACCUCCACCCCUCCACGCUGAAGGAGCAGACGGAGACUCCUCGGCACCUUCAGGUUUGCAGUCCCAGAAAUGUUGCCUGCUUUGGCUGUCAGCACGAAACUGGCGAACCAGUGUCACUUGGACUGUCCGUGGUGCUCAUGACCGCAUAGCAUGCCCCAGGCAGCAGAAGCAUCUGUGCAGAACGACCCUACCACAAGGGACAGGCUUAACGGUUUUCUGAAAUGUCUACCAGAUGGUGACUCGGGGCUCUCCCCAUCUCCUCUGGCAUAAUUGGAGGUGGUGUGUGACAGAGUCAAGGAAAAUUUUUAAGGAAAAGAAAAGAAGAAACCAACAUUUGUGGUUCCCUUUCAUUGGAAGAGGAGAAUGAGGAAGGAAAUGGCAGGUGGAGAGGGAGAGGGGAAGGAAUAGAAGUGGCGUGUCUUUGAUGCUGUGGUUUGUGGGAGGGCAGUGGGGAAAAAGAGCACAGCAGGUGUGAGCACCUGUGUUGGUGCCACUGGGUGGCUGUGAAGCAUGGCCAGAGCCUCACGUAUAAGUAAAGCGAGUUAAAAAGAAAAUGCUUGUUCCCUGGGCACUAAUUGUCUAUAGAAUUUCUAUUGGCAAACCCUCCCAGGACAAAGUGACCUAAAAAACAAAAACAAAGAAUCUCUGUCUCAGAACCGCUGUUCUAAAAGCCAGAAGGGACAUGACAAUGGAAAGUGCUGGAAGAGACAGAAUGCUCUACUGUCUUUGCUGUACCUACCUACCCCCACCCCAACUCUGUAAAGGAGAAUUUAAAAUUGAUGUCAAACAUGAAAGUAGCCUGGACUUCCAGAGAAGGAAAGAGUUUUGUCCAGGACAGUGGAAGCCGAGCCACAGGGGUGUUAUGCUUUGGUUCAACACACAGGUUUCCGAGCAACGAUCCUAGAGUCCUGAGAAGAAGGCACAGCAUUUGAGGAAAGGAGAAUAUGCGAAGCUUAGGAGGGCUCAACUUAUAACAAGAUCCAGACAUUUUAAACUAGAUGGUGUUAUUACUCAAUGCUGUUACUUUUAGUGGAUGGACCAGUCACGUGGGAGGAUUGUAGCAGAAACUACAAUGUGAAAACAUCCCCAGUUUUGAGAUCAAAAGGGUCAGCUGUAAGAUGACCUAUGUUUAGUGAUGAUCCAUUUUAUAUUGAAGUGGCUCAGAGGAGAUAUUGAUAUUUUAGAUGGGCUGCAAAACUGUCAUGGCAAGAACAGGCUUUACUUGGCAAUGGUGAAGGAAGGUAAUGAGUGUGUAUUGCCUUAUUGCCACAGUUCUCUCUUCAUAAACUGUUUGGGAGCUUGCAAUUAACAGAGGUUCCUUGUUUCCGUUGUUUUUAUACAGGAGAAGAGAAAGAGCUUGGAAUUUCAUUUGUCUAAGCAAGUGGUGUGAUUUACAAGAAGUUCAGUCAUUUCAAAAGUAUAUCAUUCUUAGUGUUCAAUACAAUGUUUAUCAUAAAAUAGGCACCUGAGUUUAUAUAUUCCUGCCAGGCUGAAGGGCAAUUAUGUCUUGCUAUGCAAACACGCUAUUUUACGUGUGAAUUUUUUUAACUGUAAUAAUUUUAUGUGUGAAUUUUUUUUAAACUAAACUCUAUCAUCAUUUUCUAUGUUGACAUCUGUUGUUUUUCGUGUUUUUUUGUUUUAAUCUGUCUCCAACUCUCCGAGUCUGUGAACCAUCCUCUGACUGGAUGCUGGCCUAAAAUCCUAUUAGUGUUUAAACAGACCUCAGAAACACCCUCAACCUCUAGGCAAUCGCAGAGAUGGGGCUCUUUGAUAUAUCUCUGGCCCCUGAUGUCUUCAACAAACAAGAUCGUAAUUCCUUUAAACUCAGUGUUUUCUGUAGAUGCUUUCUUCUCCGUUUUGUUAAGGAGAGUCAAGCCUCGUGGUUUUCCAAAGGAAGGAAACUCCUCCCCCAGACUUGAGCGCUGGGAGGGACGUUAGAAACGCUGGAGUCUGGCAUUCCUUCUGCCUUUCAAAAUGAGGUAGUGGGUCCAGAAUAUUCAGGUGACAUGCCUCAACCCACCUGGCGCUCAGCAGUGGACCUGAGCGUAAACUUGGGACUUUCUGAGGCCUUGACUUUGUAACCCCUGCCCCAGCACCUUUUGUUGUGGCUGGACACACGUGACACCUAAGCUGAUUCUUCUCAAGACGUUCGCUGUGGAAGGCACGUUCGUGUCCAGUGUUCGGUGUCCGGCCGUUAACUGUUAAAGACAUUUUAAGUCCCUGAUUCUUCCUGGAGAAGUUAAGGGGUUGCUUAACAUUGUUACUGACUCUGACUCUGCUGUGAGUACGGCAUACUAGUGAGUACAACCUGCUUGCCACAAAGUAAGCAGCAUAUUUUGACAAGUUUAUUUUUCCCUGGAUAAUUAGAUUUUAAUUAUAAAGGUGGCCCCUGAGACACAUAAUGGCUGAGCAGCUGGCUUGCUUUCUAGAAACUGAGGUUCUGAUGGUAACCAAGCAGGUAUUUCCUCUCCCCUUAGACUAAAAGGUACAUUUGAUCCAUCCCUUCCAUCUCCCUGGUACCUGCUGUGAGAUCCAAUAAGCUUCCACCCAGUGGAAGAUCACUCUCUGCUAAACCUCACAAGCAAAGGGGGGUUGUUCCAUGAGGCAGCAAGGAGCAAGGGACCACGAUAUUCAUGACUUUGUCUGCUAGACAUUUUUCAAAGUGUCCUUGAACUCAGCAAACAAAGCUUUCUGAGAGAUCUCUCAAAACUCAGGCCCUGCUCCGUCUGGCCAAAAAUGGAUGGCUGCUUCAAAACUCUGAACUUCUUGAAACUCCAUCUGCUACAACAUUACUUCUGGAGUUUGAACAUGACUUCUUCUGUCUCUGAGUAUAGAAAUGUUUGUUUAAUUAAUGAUACACAAGUCUGUUAAACAGAAGGCUCCAACAGUGCUCUACACUUGAGAACACUUGGCGCCAUCUUUAUCCUACCAAGUGCCAAUCACCCUAGCCAGAGGGGGUGUCUAUUAAAGUCCAUAUCCUAAGCUUUAGAAGCUUUAAAGUACUUUUUUAAUUAAAAAUACAAUAGGGGAUUGAACAUUUUAACUAAAAGUUUAAGGUUAGACCAAUUACAUGCAAAGAUGUUUAUUUAAUAUUGUGUGAGCUGAGUCUUUCUGUAUAAAUUAUUUGCACUCUUUUCUUGCAUGAUGAACUGAUUUCUUUUUUUAUAGUUGUUUGUACCAGACGGUGGCGUAUUUUUGUAAAAAUUUUUUGACACUGAAUUGCAAUAAAUGUUUUUCCAACAACA